AUGGCUUUGUGGUCCCAUUUCCGGCAUGCUUGUCCAGCCAACCGUCGGUUACUACAGCGACAGAUGCACCUCCAGAUUCGGCCGUCGCCGUCCUUUCAUCGCAGCGGUGCCGCCCUUGUCGCUGUCGCUGGUAUUCUUAUUGGAUACGCUGCUGAUCUCGGCCGCUUAGCCGGAGACAAUCUUGAAAAGACUCCGAAAGUACGAGCCAGCUGGUUCUUCGCUCUCGGUUUCUGGAUCCUCGACGUGGCCAACAACACCCUUCAAGGACCUUGCCGCGCUUUCCUCGCCGAUCUCUCCGCAGGAGACGCUAAGCAAACUCGGACCGCAAACGCGGUUUUCUCUUUCUUUAUGGCAGUUGGAAACAUUUUGGGAUACGCUGCUGGAUCCUACACUAACCUCCACAAGAUGUUUCCUUUCACGAUGACUGAAGCAUGCGACAUCUAUUGCGCCAACCUCAAGAGCUGUUUCUUCCUCUCCAUCAUUCUCCUCCUCGCUGUCACCAUCAUGUCACUCUGGUACGUGGAAGACAAGCAAUGGUCUCCCGAGAAAGGAGCCUCCAACGUGAAAACUCCGUUCUUCGGCGAGAUCUUUGGAGCUUUCAGGGUCAUGGAACGUCCCAUGUGGAUGUUGAUUAUCGUCACUGCCUUAAACUGGAUCGCGUGGUUCCCUUUUCUUCUAUUCGAUACUGACUGGAUGGGUCGUGAAGUGUACGGUGGAGACUCUAGUGGAGACGACAAAAUGAAGGACCUUUACAACAAAGGAGUCCACGCUGGUGCGUUGGGUUUGAUGAUUAAUGCAAUCGUUCUUGGAGUCUUGGCGGAGGCUCACAGGAAAACCGCUGGUGCGUUUGCCGGUCCCACCGAUGCGAUUAGAGGUGGAGCAUUGACAAUCUUUGCUUUUCUUGGAAUCCCUCUUGCUAUUACUUUCAGUAUUCCGUUUGCACUAGCUUCCAUUAUCUCAAGCAACUCCGGCGCCGGCCAAGGACUUUCACUCGGAGUUCUAAAUCUGGCAAUCGUGAUACCACAAAUGGUGGUGUCACUCGAAGCUGGGCCUUUCGACGCCUUGUUUGGAGGUGGAAACUUACCUGGAUUUGUGGUCGGAGCAAUUGCAGCGGCAGUCAGUGGCGUGGUGGCAUUAACCGUUCUACCUUAA